GUCCAAAGCGCGCACCCGUCAGCGGAGGAGAAGAGAGGACAGAAGGCGGCAGAAAGGCAAAUAAAGCCCAAUUAACAGAUUAUUCUGAAACCUCGCACACAAAAAACACAGCCAGGAUGUCAGAGGAAAAGCCAAAGGAGGGAGUAAAGACUGAGAAUGAUCACAUCAACCUCAAGGUUGCGGGGCAAGAUGGGUCGGUGGUCCAGUUCAAAAUCAAAAGACACACACCCCUCAGCAAACUAAUGAAGGCAUACUGUGAACGACAGGGCCUUGCAAUAAGGCAGAUCAGGUUCAGGUUUGAUGGCCAGCCGAUCAAUGAGACGGAUACACCUGCACAGCUGGAGAUGGAAGAUGAAGACACCAUAGAUGUAUUCCAGCAGCAGACAGGCGGGCACUGCUAAGCCCUUCCCACCUCAUUGAUGGCCACCCUCAGACCACGCCCUCAGCCACCUUCACUGUCCCCCCCCUCCCCAUCACCCCUCUCAGCCUAUUAUUAUUAUUAUUAUUAUUAUUAUUAUUAUUACUUAAGUUUAAAGAUGUCUAUCAUGGUUUCUGGUCAGGUGUGUGUGUGGGGAGGCUCCUCAGCUGUUUAUAUACUGUCUCAGCCAGGACUGAACUUUUUGUGCGCGUCAACAGUCUCUGCUGGCCAAUCAGGACAACAUUUCUCUCCGGCACCGCAGGCUGUGAUUGGACCAACAGUGCGUCAAGGCUGUUCCUCGUUUGUCAGUGCUUCUCAUUCACUCUCCAGUGAAAGCUUAGUAUCCAGUAGUUUGUCACGGUUUUCGUCCGUCAUGGUUGAAUGCGAGGCUCUGCAAGAUUUUGUCCAGGGGUCACAGUCAGUGGGCAUGAAAAUGUUUUGAAGUGGAAGCACGAUCUGAACUUAAUACACACCCACCUUCCAUUUCACUUCACUUUCUUGUGUGUUGUUUUUUUUUUCUUCUUUUUUUUCUGAACAGUGACUCCUGCUCUUCUGUCAUCAAGGUAUUUUAAUUCUCUGCAUUUUAGGUGCUUUUGCUAAAGCGUUCUGCAAUGUUUUUUGUAUUUUUGAUUUUUUUUCUUUUAAGAAUUAACACCCAGGGGGCUUGUUGAUUUUUCUGUACAGAAGUUUCAGAGUUGAUGUUAGAUAAAUGUUGUGGGACUUGGACCAAUACUCCAAAGACCGAACUUCUGUCUACUCUAAAAGGUCAAAACUGUCACAUUUUAAGGGAGUUUGUAUAUCAUUAAUGUUAUUUGCUUCCUCUAUGACUUCUACUAAUUGAGAGAGGUUCUUUGUGAGUAUCCGGUACAGACUACUAUUCACUUAUGUGGGAAAAAUGGCUGUUCAUGGGAGGGACAUUUAAUUUACACCACUGAGGUGCAUCCCAUUGUUAGAAUUGGUUUGGGUCUGGCUAGGAUAGUCUCUUGACAUUGAAUACAUAACUUUUGGUUUUCUUUCCGUAUUUUCCAAUGAAGCGGGCCAGUAGCCAGUCCCUAUGGUAUUCUUACAAGUGGCUGUGCUUUUAAGUUUUACAUGGAUGGGGGGGUGAAAGUGGAGCUUGGGUUAUGGGUGGGAAUAACUGGAAGCUCGUUCCUCAGCUCUGUUUGGGGUCAGCUGUCUCAUCUCUGUAUUGUGCUUGCGAAUGUAGGCUGACGGGACAACUAAUUCUAGAUGUGUUUUGAAGAGGAUCAGCUUCCAGUUUAAGCAAGGAUAUCCAACAAAAGUCAGUAUCUUUUUUUGUUAACACAUUUUGAAGACACUUUUCACUGCUUUGUCAACUGUCGAGCUGUUUCCUUGUGUAUAAAAGACAGAAGUUGCAGGCCAUUUGUUUAAAAACCUGACCGCAUUAUUGCAAACAGUGAAGAUAUACCCCAAGUGGUGAUGAGUGUCUCGGAUUAUUUACAGUUUUUCGGAGAAGGAUGCAUGCAGUUUGUUGCAUACCGGGAGGGCAGGGAGGCCAACCAAUGGAGUUUGGGAGAUAAGUGUUCUGUACCCACAGGGCCCCGUUCUUCGUAUGCAGAUAGCCGAAUUGGCUUGAUUUAUUUUUUUUUUUUUUGAUUGUUUGCUACCUGACGCGAGCUUGUAUUUAUCAGUUCAGUCAGGAUUAAAAUGUAUCAAAGCAAGUUGUCCUUGUGCUCAAAACAUGCAAAAGUACAAGCUUAUUCAGAGCAAGUUGGAUCACGGCAACCCUUUUCAAGUUUCGGUCAGUAUUGUCAUAACUGAACAGGUUUUGAGUAGUCAUAGAGAUUAAUUACAACAAAAUAUAACCAGUCGCAGUAUGAACCACUGCUAUUUAGACAUUUGCAAUACAGAUUCAGUUCUUGCAUUACGAGGUAUUUAAAAUGAUGCAAUAUGGGCUGCAGUUGUAAUUGGCCUUUUUUAGUCUCCCUUAAUGUUUAAGAUAUGUUCCCAUAGCCUUAAAUGUAGCUCUAUUCAGCCACAUUAGAAGAGGCAAUGUCCUUUUUAAAUAGUAAAUAAAUUGUGGUCUACGUCAUGUUGUUCAGCUGUAUUUUUGUAUCAUUCUAUGUAAUAAACACAGUCAAUGUCAAAACCUUUUUUCAUUUCUAAAGAAUAUUUGACAAAUGUUUUAAAAAGCUUCACUGUACUGCCACUUGCUGUGUGAAAUAAUCACUACUGUCCACUCACACCCCAAUGAAUAGAAUAUUAAAUUUUAUCUGAGGACUACUCAAUUCUCAUCUUUUCUGCAGUCAUUAACAAGCAUUUGACAAAAUUGUGUACAGAAACAUGCUAAAUCAGUGUUGAUUACUCUUCAAGGGUGCACAAGCCAAUCACACAGUGAUCUUCAGUUCAGCUUUCUGGUCUGACAAAAUAAGAGCACAGUUAUUAAGACAGCCUUCCACUUGCAUUUGAAGAACUGAGUUAGCUGGACAGUUUUUGAGCGGCUGACGUACGAGCCAAGCUAAUGUACGAAGAACGGGGCACAGGUCUUGUCAUGUUAUUUGUUUCUCUACUGUACAUUAUUUGUGGUCUUUUACUACUGUAUACAAUAAAUAUAGUUUGGUACUCAGA